ACCCCACGCGUUGGAUCAUGGGAGUAAGUGGGAAGCCAAAUAUGGCGCCCGGGGCAAGUCAUUUUCGGAGCUGGACAUUCUUCUAGGUAAUAUUCCACGUACCCUAGGAUCGAAACCACCAAUUAACUAAGCCUUGUUAACUUUGAACGUAGCGAAGAUACUACUCCUUCCCAUGGGUGGGUGAAUACUAGUGCAGGAAGCCGGGAAAUUGAGAAAAUUGAGUCAACAUGGGCGAUCGACGGGAGGAGAGCAACGAGCAGAUCCCAGGCAAGCCGGGCGGAGGCGGGGUGGUACAGCAGCAGCAGCCGGUCCAGGUCCGGGCGGUCCCGCGGGCUCAGCAGCAGGAGGCCGUCCCCACCUUCCAGCAGAAGCAGAGCAGCGCGGCGGCAGUCGCCCCGGCUCCCCCCGUCACCACAGACGUACCCAAUUGGCAGGGCCUGAAGCCGACCGUGCGGGAGCGCAACGGGCUCAUGUUCAACAACGAACUUAUGAGUGACGUUCACUUCUUGGUCGGGCCGCCCAAGGCCGCCAAGCGGAUCCCGGCGCACAAGUACGUCCUGGCUACCGGCAGCACCGUCUUCUACGCCAUGUUCUUCGGAGGACUGGCGGAAAACAAGACCGACAUUGAAAUUCCCGAUGUGGAGCCACAAGCCUUUCUAGCAAUGCUCAAGUAUCUCUACUGUGAUGAGAUUGACCUAGAGCCUGACACGGUUUUGGCCACCCUCUAUUCUGCCAAGAAGUACAUCGUGCCACACCUGGCUAAGGCUUGCGUCACCUUCUUGGAGACAAGCCUGAGUGCCAGGAACGCCUGCGUCCUCCUCUCCCAGAGCCGUCUGUUCGAGGAGCCUGAACUCAUGCAGAGGUGCUGGCAGGUCAUCGACGCACAAGCUGAGCUGGCCCUCAACUCUGAGGGCUUCACGGAGAUAGACUAUGAGACACUGGAAACUGUGCUGGGAAGAGAAAGCCUGAACGCCAAGGAGAUUGUAAUAUUUGAUGCAGCUGCGCGCUGGGCAGAGACAGAGUGCAGGAGACAGAACUUACAGCCAAAUGCCAACAACAAGCGGCGUGUGCUGGGCCGGGCACUGUACUUGAUCCGUGUGCCUGCCAUGAGUCUGGAGGAGUACGCAAACGGUGCUGCUCAGUCCGGGAUCCUCACACUACAGGAGACUGCGGACAUCUUCCUCUACUACACAGCCAGGAACAAGCCUGUGCUAGACUUCCCCUUAGUGCCUCGGAACGGUAUGAAGCCUGAGAGGUGUCACCGGUUCCAGUCCUCUGCCUACCGCAGCAACCAGUGGCGAUACAGGGGCAGGUGUGACAGUAUACAAUUUGCAGUGGACAAGCGCAUCUUUAUGGCAGGCUUUGGUUUGUAUGGCUCGAGCUCUGGGGCUGCAGACUACACAGUCAAAAUAGAAAUCAAGCAAUCUGGGAAGGUGCUGUCAGAGAACACUGUAAAGUUUUUCUCAGAUGGUUCAAGCAACACCUUCCCUGUGUGGUUCAAACACCCUGUGCAGAUCGAUCCAGACACUUUCUACACUGCAAGUGCAAUCCUGGACGGGGCAGAGCUGAGCUAUUUUGGUCAGGAGGGGGUCAGCGAGAUCACCCUUGGGAAUGUCACAUUCCAGUUCCAGUGUUCAUCGGAGAGCACCAACGGGACAGGAGUGCAGGGUGGUCAGAUCCCAGAACUCAUUUUCUAUGCCUGAACUGAAGGAGACAGAGUGAAGUGCCCAGUUAAGACUGAAUUCUUGUAGGUAGACAUAACAAUAUAUUGCUUCUGUCAUGUAAGUAGUAUAACCUAUUUUCAAUCAUUGCUUGGACGACAAGGUGCAGUAUAUUGACUGAGACAAUUUGCGCUACACAUGUAUAUUUUAACUUGUAAAGUACAUGUAGUUAGCUGUGUAUACAAUAAGUCAAAGAGCAACUGACUUUUGGACAUUUUUUAAACAUUCCUUUUGUAUCACCUAAAAUGAACUGUAAUAUACAAAAUACUAGUAAUGUUAUUACCAAUAUCUUUGUACCUGAAAGUAUUUGACACAGGGAAAAUAACAUUUAAAAAAAAUACUGUCAGUUGAAAAAUCAUUAACCACAAAUUUGGCUGUUAGUAUUAAUGUUUCAAAGUAGGAUACUAAGGAGAGUUUCAAAGCUGGAUAUUAAGGAGAGUCUUGUAUAAACUCUGAUUUGCUCACAAUAAGCCACCUCCCAUAUUUGUUGAGAUCUCAUGCCGUCUUGUGAGAUUUCCAGGCUCAGUUUUCACUCAGUCACAGUGUAACACAACCCCCUGCCCAUCAGACCAGGGCUGGUGUGGGUGUCGGGUGUCAGCUGGGUGAAGUGAACUCCCAUAACUAUGCAAAGUUCAGGCCUGUAAAUUCCCAGACAGCUAAUUAUAAGGCUUGAGCAGCUUCUGGUACCACAUGGUUGGAGUGUCCAGCUUUGGAAAGAGCUUUACAACUUGACCUUUGGCACACUGAAUUCAUUCACUUUGUUUUCUUUAUCUCCUGCUGUUAAAUUGCGAGGGAUUGACAAUGAAAUACAAAACUCAACACAGAACACCAUUUUUCCUUAAAUUCUUUAGCCAUUUGGCUAAACGUCUCACUUGGGCAACAGUUUCCCAAUUAAGCUGAAGGUUGACCUUUCUGCUGAGGUUGUCUUGUGGCACCAAAUUUGUAUUGCAAUACAAGGGAAAUUUAACCAUCAGCACGGUAUGGUAGCUGUUUGGUACCAAGUUUGUAUUUGUUAUGAUGAUAGGUAGCACUAGCAGGGAGAAGGUUAUGAGAGUAACAUGUAUUUCUCAUGGUACAGGUACAGUACAUGUAACUGGCUGUCAUUCUUCUGAAAAAAAAAAUUGUGUAGGCUGUACUGCAAAAGAAGACUUGCUGAGGAAAAUUUUGGUAAGGAAUGUUUCAAAAGAGGCCCUUCGAAGAAACAAGUUGGACAAUUAAAGAACUGCACUAAGACAUGAAUGUAGUCUGGUCUCUGUUGUGGCAUUCCCUUUGAAUUCCACCUGGAAAUGCCUUUCCCCCAGUACAGCCCCACAGGAAGGACCAGUCUGACAACAGGUCCACAUGGAAGCCAUGGUGUACACAGCUUCUGUCAACACACACCUGCCUCUGGGGGCAUCAGACCAGGCCAAUGUAAACUGUAUGGGGGGAGGGGGCAGAUAUCUGCAAGCAGGCCUUUGGCUGGCUGUCUUGUAGUGGCAUGGUUUUGUCCUAUUUUCCUCAAGUGAACUCUCCAACAAAAUGUGCAAACCAAGCCAAAUAUCUGCUGUAGAAAAUAAUUUACCAGGCAGUAGGUAAGAUGAGAAUUGAUGCUGGUCUGUCAGAUUCAAUGUAAACUGGUUGUCUACUACAGCUGUGGAAAACACUGAAAGUGAAAGCUGUAAACUCUAAUGGUUCAGUUUAUGCUGAUGAUUAAUACUGGGAUACUGGUAGUCUAUUAAAACAAAACAAGUCCAAAGGCCUGUCUUUGUCAAGCACCAUUCUGAACUUUAACAAGCCUGUGCAGUGAAAAGUGACUAAAUUAAGUCAGUAAACUACAUAAAUUUUACAUGUUCAUGUGGACAUCCAUUUAGCAUAAAAUGUAUAAUAUGCACAUAAAAUCAUUUGUGAUGGAAACUUAUGGACUGUGUUUGCACUGUCAUAAAUGGAUUGAAAAACUUUAUUACAUGUAGAUACUAGUACUAGUACUAGAUAGAAAGGAAAGGUACAUGACUAGGCCCUACUUCAUAUUCUGUCAGAGCACCACACAACAAAUAGUGCUGGCCUGCCAACUAAUGUCCGGAAAUGUUACAGACUGUAAUGUCCCACAAAUGAGAAAAUGAGCCAAGAAGGUAGCCCUUCCCAAAACCACACUCAUUCGUCACAUUGUAAUGGUCUGAUGGGUGCAGCAGACAGGCCCUUGGCAUUGCCCAUUUCCCCCACUGCUGUAAAUGUAAUCUGGUGGUCCUGGUACACUCACCCUUUCAUCUGGAAGUGUUUUAUGUUGGGAGGUAAAAUGCCACAGAAGUGAACUUCAGCCGUGACCUGUAGCAAAGUGAUGGCCACAGUAAAACCUUUAGGGCAGAUGAACUAAGUGGCUUUUUAUAGGAAAAACGCACUUUGGUAAUGCAUACUUGUGUUCCAAUAGAAGAGAAAUGUGGCAGAUUUACCAGCAGUCCUUGCGAUAUUUGCCCUAUAAAGGCUUUAAAACAACUAUUCACUGCUUCCAUCCCUAGUAUAUUCUUGUUUCCUCGUAUUUACAGCCCCCCCAUAACAAAGCCAAUGAGCCAUUUUGGUGCAUAGAGGUGGCGGGUGGUUGAUUCUGGUCAACCAUGGCGUAAUAGCUGAUCCAAGCCCUUCUCAUUUCCAUGCCAACCUGAGCCUGACCUGCUGACUGACAAGCAGAAAAUACAAGUAGCUAAAAUCAGCCCUGCUGAUCCAGAUAGGGAUCACCAAUUACCCGCCAAAUUGUUUCUUGGGAGAUCCUGAACCUGCAUGGGUGAACCUUGCCUGGCAACGAGAAACUUUUUAUUCAAACAAAUUCUGGAGUUUUCCUGCAACCAGGUAUUAUUGAUUUGAUUCUCAAUGGC